GACUAGACUAGCUAUAAUCGAUGUCAUAGCAACUGGUUGCACGAUUCGUUUGAAUAGAUUUAACUUGUGACGAAAAUCUCGAGUAAAAUUCCACAUUUCGAAUAAUUGAAGAGAAGGAAAUCAUCAUGGAUGAAGUUAUGAGUAAUGGACAGCAGAGGGGGACGCCGCAGAAGCAAGAAGAUGAUGAUUAUUGCCUUAAAUUGAUAGAAACAAUUGGUUUCAAUGGGUCCAAUCCAGGGAGCUUAAUCUUCCAUCCUGACAGGUCCCAUAUCGUCUAUCCCCUUGGCAACACUGUUGUGAUAGAGCCGAUUGAAACUGGUGGUAAACAAGUGUUCCUGAAGGGUCACACUGAUGCUGUGACGUGUGUAACUAUCUCACGCAGCGGCAAAUAUAUAGCAUCUGGUCAGAGGACCCAUAUGGGUUUCAAGGCCUUCAUUCUUGUUUGGGACUAUGCCCUGAAAAAGGAGUACUGUAAGCUAGACCUGCACAAGGUCAAAGUUCAAGACCUUGCCUUCUCACACAAUGACCUCUACCUUAUGUCACUGGGGGGUCAAGAUGAUGGCUGUAUCGUCAUCUGGGACAUAAAGAAGAAAGAUGCUGUGUGUGGAUCAGAGGCCGCUUUGAAGAGCGCAGGGACAACAUUCUGUGUUGCUGCAGCCAACAAUAACGAUAAGAAAUUCUUCUCUGGUGGAGAUGGUACACUGCGUGCGUGGGAACUUGAUGUUGGGAAUCGUAAGAUCAGACCUACUGAUGUAAAUAUGGGACUUCUCAAGAGAAUCGUCAAGAAAAUUGUGGUUGCGGCUGAUGAUAGUAGCUUCUACUGUGCCACUACCACUGGCGACAUCUUGAGAAUAACAAUAUCGAGUAAUCUACUUGGCUCCUACUAUCCCCAGAAGAACCUGUUUUGUAGGGGUGUUACAUCCCUAGUCCUGAUGCCGGAAGAUAAAUUUCUCAUUGGCACCGGAGACGGUACGGUGGCCCUAGCUUGCUACUCUAAGGAGAAGUUUACAGUUUCAAAGCGAGUGAAGGUUUCCCAGGCAGGAGAAAUUACUUCCAUUACUCUGAGAGGAAAAGGGCAUCAGUUCUACGUCUCGACAUCCAAUUCACAUAUCUAUCGAUUUACCAUGGCGGAGUUCGACAAGUAUGUAUUGACCAAGACCUGUCACCAUUGUAAGGUCAAUGACAUCAACUUUCCAAAUAAUUGCUCUGAGCUCUUUGUGACAAGUGCUGGCUCUGACAUAAGGGUCUGGAAUAUCAAGAAGAAUACUUCUGAGAAGAAACCCCAAACUGAAGAAGUGUUGCGUAUUGAAGUACCUAACAAGACAUGUAAUGCUGUCUGUGUCAUGCCAGACGGAGGAAGCAUCAUUUCAGGCUGGGAUGACAACAAGAUCCGUGCUUUCAAACCACAGACUGGCAAAUUGUGCUACGAGAUUGCCGAUGCUCAUAACAGAGUAACGGCUCUGACGGUUACCAGUGAUAGCAGGCGCAUCAUCAGUGGAGGAGGAGGUGGUCAGGUGCGCAUAUGGAACAUUGGAGACAAGAAGCAGGAACUGAUUCGCACCCUGAAAGAGCACAAGGGUGUUGUAUCCUUUCUGCGCGUCAACUCUACGAACACAGAGUGUGUGAGUGCCAGCGGAGACGGAAGCUGUGUCAUCUGGGAUCUACAGAAAUUUGUGCGUGCCCAAGUAGUGUUUGAUAACACUCAGUUCACAUGUGUGACAUACAGUCGAGGAGAAGGCCAGAUUAUUACAUCUGGUACAGAUAGAAAGAUUGCCUAUUGGAAUUGUCCAGAUGGAAGUGAGAUCCGUGAGAUGGAAGGAUCUCAGACUGGCGCUAUCAACACCAUGGACAUUUCACCAGAUGGAAGGCACUUCGUGACUGGUGGCGAUGAUGAACUAAUCAGGGUAUGGGAUUUCAACGAAGGCGUUGUAACCAAGAUUGGUACCGGACACUGCAGUGAAAUCACCCGUCUGCGCAUCUGCCCUAACCAGAAGUUCAUCAUCAGUGUCAGCAAAGAUGGGGCCAUCUUCCGCUGGAAGUACCCUGUUUAAGCCUUUCACUUUAGACUGAAGAUAGAAGAUCAAAUUUGAUCUAGUUGAUGAUAGUGUUGAACAUAUUCAAAGUGUGAAUAUGAAUUGAAAUGGUCAACUUAUAUGUUGGAGAAUUGAAAGUGAUUAUAAAAAAAAGACAACGAAACAUCCCCCACCUCUCUCCGGGGCCCCUCUCACCCUGCCAGAUUACAAAAACUGCAAGUUUAGAGAUAGUAGGAAAGAAUCUGUUUGUUUUUCAAUUUGUCAAAUAGCAAUGAUUAAAAACAAAACACAGUUUGAGAGGAUGACCUUUGUGAUACAAUUACCAAGAAAGCUUAAUUCUCUAAGGAUCGUCUUAGUCUGUUCCACUCCCUGCAAGGCAUUGUACUAGCUUGUUGGCUUUUUCUUAAAAUUUGAUGUAGAAAGUACACAAAGUGGACUGUAUUAUUUGUAUACCUAGAGAGAUUCUAAUAAACUAUUUGAAUUUGACACCCAUUACUGGUCAUAUCAAACCUCCAAGUACAAUUAAUGAAAAUUUAAUUUCAAUCUUUGUUUGAAACCUUGAUGAAUUUAGAGUAAAACUUCAUGAAAUGCAAUUAUGAUUGCUACGAAACCUUGUUAAGAGACACAUGAGAGGGGGCAAUGUAAUGAUCCGUCCAGUCAUCAAUUUAUUUUUGAAUAGCCUUGAUGGCAUGCCUGAUUCUCACCUUGAUUUGAUCUUGUUAUUUUGACAUUAUUACACAAUGCUGUCCAGUUGAUUUAAAUGAUAUAUAAUUAUAACAUUCUUAUUUUUUUGUUGUCGAGGAUAUAACAAUAUCAGUGUUAUAUUUCUUCUAAGCAUAUGCUGAAGAUUUAACUUUUCCAAAAGGUAUGUUUUGUAUGACUAGCAAAAAGAAUUUAUUUGAAGAUUGAUGUUUGUCUAAAAAGAGAAUAUUUUAUUGACAUAAUUGCAUUUAUUUACAAAGAUGAUAUCAUUCCUAGACAUUUUAAUUUUAUUACUCUAUGAUAUUGUUAAAUAACAGAUAUUCAGUGGAAAGUAUAUGUCAUAAUGUGGAGAAAAUAACUUUACUACUAUUGCACAUAAAAAACCAGUCCUUGUGUAUUCAACUUGAUAGUAUCUGUAUGUAUACUUUUGUAUGAUAUUUCAAAGGCAUUCUGAAUGUACCAUAAAUUUUUGUUUUGUUUAAUUUCAUUGAAGAAAAACGUAUAUGAAAUGAAUGUGUAUUGACACCAGCACAUUCUAUUAAUUACUUACAUGUAUAUUUACCAGAUGCUUUUAAGUUUUGUGUGAACUUGUGUAACUUAGAAUACUUAUGAUAUGUUUGUAAAAUAAUGAAGUGCACAUAUUAUAACAGAUUUAAUAAACGAAAAAAAAAACUUUGGUUAAUGGA